AUGCUCAUGCUCGCAGAAUGUGAGAGAAUUCUCGGCAAUGGUCUCCUGAGCCUACCUGCGCAACACAAUUUCCGCUAUGGCCCGCAGGCCGAGCGCGCCCUCCUAGAACUGCUUUUCCGAUCACUCGUGGGACACAAUGAAGAGCUCAUCGGCCACCUGUUUCCUGAUGGUCUCCCGACGGGCCCCUGGAAGCUGGCCGAGGCCCAGGGAGCCCGUGAAGGCGCUGAGUAUAGCGAGGCCGCGCGAGGCAAGCGAUGUGGGCAUAUCUUCCGGGCUGGCGAAGCCACCUACCGAUGCGUGACCUGCGCCGCGGACGAUACAUGCGUGCUGUGCAGCCGUUGCUUCGAUUCAUCGGACCACACGGACCAUCAAUAUCAGAUCUCGCUCUCGUCUGGGAAUUGUGGCUGCUGCGACUGCGGCGAUGAGGAGGCAUGGAGACUACCGCUUUUCUGCGCCAUUCAUACAGACAGCGGCAACGUCAAGGGGAAAGAACGUGCACAGUGCGAGCUGCCGGUCGACUUGGUGUCUUCUAUCCGGCUGACCAUCUCGCGCGCCCUCGACUAUUUCUGUGAUGUCAUCUCCUGCUCGCCGGAACAAUUACGCCUGCCUAAGACCGUCGAAGGCAUCAAGCAAGAUGAAGUCGAGUCUCGACUGGGCCCCAGCUGGUAUGGAGCGGGCGACCCAGAGGAGGAGGAGCCCGAGUUCGCACUCUUGCUGUGGAACGACGAGAAGCAUGCCAUCAAGGAUGUUGCGGAGCAGGUUACUCGUGCCUGUCGUGAACGAAACAGCUUUGGCGUUGCACGGGCCCACGAGACACACGACAUUGGUCGCAGCGUCGUCAAAUACUCCAAGGACCUGCAAAGAUUACUGGCUGUGUCGAAGAUUAUCGAGGAGAUCAAAGUCACGGUCACCGUGCGCUCUGCACGCGACACCUUCCGCGAGCAGAUGUGCGCAACGAUUGUCGAAUGGCUAGCCGAUAUUGCUGGGUGCAGCAUCCUCGAAGAUAACGAGAUCUUCAGACAGGUUGUUUGCGAGGAAUUGCUCAGUCCGUGGCGGAAAGGGAGCGGUGCCUACAAUGCGGAUAUCGGAAGAAAAGGCAUUGAUGACCACCAACGAUACGACAACCUAGCCGCGCGUUCCAUUAUGCUCACAGUAUCGCCCCAAGGCGGGGUAGUGGUGACGACUGGUGAUGAUGAUGAGGACGAAGAUAUCGACGACGCCAACGACCAAGACAUGGACGAAGAUUGGGUUGAAGCGCAUGACGACGCGGAUGAUGAAGAUGACGAGAUGGAAAUUGAACUCGCUACGCAGCUCCAGGCUGACGACAAUGAGGAUGAAGAUAUGGACAUGGGCACUACCGAUGAAGAUAUUGCUGCCCGCAUGCGCAUGAUAACAGCGCUUGCUCGUGCUCGCGUACAGCGGAUGGCCGCCCGAUCUCCUGAGGCGACGGAGCAGCCUUCAGCGCAACAAGAUCGGUCAACACCGUCUCACGAGACGGGGAACCAGGCUCCUCCCUCCGAAGGCUACGUGGCUAUUCCGCGAACUCCGUCUGGUGUAGUCAAGCCCACUCCGGCGCGGACAGAGAGUCAUUGGCAAGUUCGACCGCCUGUUCCUGCGCCGGGCGAGAAGGUUCCAGUGUACGAAGAUCUGUGGCAACGCACUCGCUUGGAUUGCCUGGUCCUUUAUGACCUGAGGCUAUGGAAGAAGACACGGACCGAUCUGCGGGAUCUAUAUAUCAGCACUGUCGUCAACGUGCCCCAGUUCAAGCGGAUUAUGGGUCUCCGCCUGUCUGCCUUGUACACGGCUUUGGCCCAACUGUAUCUUAUUGCGGACCGGGAACCAGACCACUCCAUUGUCAACCUAUCGUUACAACUUCUGACUACGCCCUCAAUAACGGAGGAGAUUGUGCUGCGAGGCAACUUCCUCACCAAGGUCAUGGCCAUUCUCUAUACUUUCUUAACUACCAGACAGGUUGGUGAACCGCAGGCUGUCAACCCGAACGCUACGCUGGCCUUUGAUGGAUCGGUGACCAAUCGACGCCUGUAUCAUUUCUUUCUCGACCUUCGCUACCUCCUUCAAUCAGAGUACGUGCAACAUCGGGUGCGCACCGAGGAACAAUACCUCUCCCAGUUUCUGGAUCUUGUCAAGCUGUCGCAAGGCAUAUGUCCCAAUGUGCGCGCGGUAGGCGAACACGUGGAGUACGAAACCGAUACCUGGAUCAGCGCCUCAAUUCUCAUGCGCGAGGUCAAUCGGUUGUGUCGCCAAUUCUGCGAGGCAUUCCGCAACCCCGCAGAUGACAAUGCCCAUAACCUGCUGAGGGCUAUCAAAACCACAACGAUCACCACGAUCGUGCACUCGGCUGGCGUGGAACGCAAACGAUUCGACCAAGCAGAGAUCAAAGAGGAGAUCCGCUUCAAGACCCUGCCACCAUUCGAUUUCGAAGUCGGUCCAUCUGGUGAAGUCCCUUGCCACCGCGUGAUCGAGUUUGUUGUUGAUCGCGGGUGGAUCAGUUUCCAUCAUGCUCUACACUAUACCCUCUCAUGGCUCAUCGAAUGUGGCCGCAACAUAAGCAGCGAUGCGAUGCGCAACAUCCUCUUUGAAGCCGCCCGUGCUGCGAGGAAUGAACUGCACGUUGCUAAAGCUGCCGGCAGUAAAACUGUUGAUGAUAGUCUCCUCACUCUCGGGCCGGAAGAUUUACUUCUCACAAUGUUCGACUACCCGCUGAGAGUUUGUGCCUGGCUUGCGCAGAUGAAAGCUGGGAUGUGGGUUCGCAAUGGUCUCAGCCUACGCCAUCAGGCGUCGCAGUAUCGCGGCGUUUCGUCUCGCGAUUUUGCUUACUACCGCGAUAUCUUCCUUUUACAGACGGCGCUGGUGACCUGCGACCCUAGCAGGGUACUUGCAUCUAUUGCACAUCGGUUCGGGGUGGUGGACUGGAUGGCCCGAAAUUACAUGCCUCGCUCUGGUUAUGAGGAUACCCAGAUCAUUGACGUCGCGGAGGAAUUUGUUCAUUUGCUUGUCAUUCUGCUGACAGACCGCACCUCCUUGACGGCUAUCGAUGACAGCACGCAUUUGACCCGUGAGAACAUCAGUCGUGACAUUGCCCACGUUCUCUGCUUCAAGCCCCUCUCUUUCUCCGAUCUUUCUGGUCGCCUCAGUGACAAGCUGCUUGACUCGGAUAUGUUCCAAGAUGUGUUGGACGAGAUCGCCAAUUUCCGCCCACCGGAAGGCUUAAGUGACACUGGAACCUUCGAGUUGAAGGGCGAGUACCUCGAUCUGAUCGACCCUUAUAGCGCGCACUACACAAAAAACCAGCGCGACGAGGCAGAGAACAUCUACAAAGAGUGGGUGGCGAAAAGAACCGGCAAGAAGGCGGCAGAUAUUGUGUUCGAACCGAAGCUUCGCCCAAUCAGUUCUGGCAUGUUCUCUGAGCUGCCCCGUUUCACGGGGACUAUGCUCUUCGCUCAGAUUGUCCACCAAUGCCUGGAGUACGUUGUGACGUCCAAGGAAUGCACCCCAAGUAUUCCGCCAACGCGGGUGGAGACUUUCCUUCAGGUGAUUCUACAUCUUGUUCUUGCCGCAGCCUUGGAGGACAACUCCCAGGAGACCGAGGGAACCUUUGAGCAGGAGAAUUCCUUCAACUGGCAUGCUCUGUCGAAGACGCGUGAGAUCAAGGCAGGCAAUCUCACCAUCGUUGGUCUCUUGGAGAAGAUCUCGGUGAUGAAUGAGUUUGCUGCCUGUGGGCCCAAGAUUCGUCACAUUCUCAAGCGACUGUGGCAGAAACGCCCUGAAACCUACAUAUCGGCAACUGCCUCGCUCAAGUUCCCGUUCGACCGCAUUGACACCAACUCUCCUGCCAUUGACGCGGACAACGAGAAGGAGUUGAAAAAGAAACAGGCCCAGGAGCGCCAAGCAAGAGUGAUGGCGCAGUUCCAGCAACAGCAACAGCAGUUCCUGAACACUCAGGGCGGAUUCGACUGGGGCGAAGAGGAUUUCAGCGAUCUUGAGUCGGAGACUGGGACUGCCACUGAAACGAAAACGUGGAAGUAUCCCAACGGUACCUGCAUUCUAUGUCAGGAGGAAACGAAUGAUUCCAGACUCUAUGGCACCUUUGCUCUUAUUCAGGAUAGCACUAUUUUGCGACAGACGGAUAUCCGUGACCCGGACAGGAUUCGAGAAGCACUGAAGACUCCGUCAAGUCUGGAUAGAUCAGCCGAAAGUUUGCGGCCAUUCGGGGUUGCUGGUGAGAAUCACACGACGAUCAAGCGACUGGACUCUUCUGGUGGAGAAGUCAUCAGUGAGAAGAUCGGUUUGAGCAAGGGCUUUAACCCGAAGAGUACCCUGCGUGGACCAGUAACCACUGGCUGUGGGCAUAUCAUGCAUUAUCACUGCUUUGAGGUUUACUAUACGGCAACCGAACGGCGGCACAGCCACCAGAUUGCGCGCAAUCAUCCGGAGAAUACCAUGCUCAACGAGUUUGUCUGUCCCCUGUGCAAAGCACUCGGCAACGCGUUCCUUCCAAUCACUUGGAAGGGCAAGGAAGAGUCUUAUCCUGGUCCGCUGAACACGGCGACUUCAUUUGAUCAGUGGAUGACCACUGGUCUGAAGAACGCCCUGAAUAAUCAGCAGAAUUUUUCUGUGCUUAUGGAGAAGGAGAGGUCAUCUCAGCAAUCCUACUCAGAUCUUUUCAUCGGCUAUCUGUCGAAAACCUUUGUCCUGCCACUCUCCACUAAAAUCGAUCAGCUUAUGGCUUCUUCACUCCCAACGACUGCUGCUGCCCAGUAUCUUUCGUCGUCACGGAUGGCUAUGCCGGGUCUUUUCCCCUCGCCCGAAGACAUCACACCAUCCAGCCCGCUUCAGCAAGUAUCCAGCCCGUCAGACAGCCCCAUGUCUGAGCUUCUUCAAAUCUACAAGAGACUGAAGAAGACGCUUAAAGUGAAUCACAUCAACUCGGUGUUCAACAACUCGCCCGAGACAAUCGGUAAUGACGAUCUCGUCCACACGGACUCGCUGAUCCGGAGUUUCGGGUUCAGUAUCUCAGCGAUUGAGAUUGCGCAGCGUGGCGUGGAGUCUGAGCCGGGUUCGACGUUGCUGGACAAGAUUCCUUCCCUAACGCUGACGCAUCUGCGUGUUCUGGCCGAGACGGCUCUCACCUAUGCUGCGGUUGGAUGUCUUCACUCCUCCAGUUCACCGAAGAGCCGUCCAACGCAGGAGUACCACGAGAUGCACCGGCAGAAAAUCUGCCAGUUGCUUGUCGGGCAUCCCUGCUUGAGUGGCACGCCACUGCUGAAUGAUGUUCGCAAUAUUGAACCUCUGCUUGCCAUAGACACGUUUGUGUUUCUGGCAGAGUGCUCGCUUUCGCUGCUACCUGUUCUUCAUGUCGAUGUGCGCCAUCUUAUUCACAUGUGCUAUGUCGCGGAGAUAGUCAAGGUUGCCGUGACAUUCAUCCUCUGGCCGCUGGGACUGAAGGAAGAGAUUGCCGAGCAUGGGGAAGCGUACCUAUUAGACGCGGAGCUGUCGGAUGAGCAGUACGGGGUUACGAAGCACUUCUUCGACUCGGUCGUUGCCGAGCUCAAGGCCAACUCCGUCGGACGCGCCGAGGGUUCGUCGUUCCCUGCCGAGAGCGGCUACGUCAAGGAUGGAGAGGAAUCUGCCACGCCGGGCGUCAUCAUUGCUAUCCGCCGGCUGGUUUCAAGCUACGCUUUGGCCUUCCUGCGCAAAACCGCGAUCUUGCUACAUGUCCAGCACGGUGUCGAGUUCCCCCACACCGGCUUCACGGACAUGGGUGCAUCCGAGCUGGAGCGUCUGACAAAGGCCCUGCAUAUGCCCUCGCUCGACGAGAUUUUCCUGUCCGUCAACCCGGCGCGGAAGAGCAACAGUCCCUUCGAUGCGGUCAUAUCCGGUUGGAUCUUCCACUGGAAUGCCUCGCGCUCUGGAAUUCGCUUCGAGGACCACCGGCUCUGGCCGAGUCUGCCACACCCUGCCAUCUUCGAGCUUGUCGGUCUGCCCAAAUACUAUGACAGUCUGAUCGAGGAGGCGAACCGCCGCCGGUGCCCGAACUCGAAGAAGGAGCUGACCGACCCGAGCAUCUGUCUCUUCUGCGGAGAUAUCUUUUGCUCGCAGGCUGUCUGCUGCCAGCAACACAAGUUGGGCGGAUGUAACCAGCACUUACAGAAGUCAGUUUUUCCAUUAUCCCUCUUGCUAGAUUACCAAUCGCUAAUCUUUGUUCCUUCCAGAUGUGGCAAGAACAUCGGCCUCUUCAUUAAUAUCCGCAAAUGCACCGUUCUCUACCUGCACAACCACAACGGCUCCUGGCAUUUUGCCCCGUACCUCGACCGACACGGCGAGGUUGAUCCAGGUCUGAGACGCAACCGUCAACUCAUACUCAACCAGAAACGCUACGACAGACUCCUGCGUGAUGUGUGGCUGUCACACGGUGUUCCCGCGACCAUCAGCCGCAAGUUAGAAUCGGAGAUCAACAACGGUGGAUGGGAGUCGCUCUAA